GAAGAGAAUGAGAAAAAUAUCGUAGGUAGAAGGCUUCGGAAGCGUGAAUCUCAAUUGCGAGUGAACAUGGUGAUUAUCUUCACAGAGUCACGUCUACUUUGGGUUGAGCCACAAAAUCUAGUGUUGGGCACCAAGUUAACUUUGGGUUCGUCUGGUGUUCAAGUCUUCGGGGUGACCAACACUAGCUCUCUGGGACAUUGGCACGAAAAUGAAAGGAGCAAAAUUCAGACAGUGGACCCUCGUUUACAAUUUCGGGGCCUGUUGGGGUUAACGAAAGGAACAGAGAUCGAUAAGAGAAUUUUUCAACGAGGGAGAAGGACAAGGUCGAGGCUGAAGCAUACAACUUCAUUUGAAGAGGAGGAUGAUUUGGAUUACCAUACUUAUAUUUGA